CAGACCCUGAGGGACCCCACAGCGCAGACAACAAUGACUGCCUAUCUUCUCCCCUCCCCCCAGGACAUGACACCUGAUGGAGACUUGCAACCAGCAGUGAAGGGGUCAGCACGCCAAUCUCCCCUAAAUACUCCUUCUGAGUCCCACACAGCCCCCCUGGGCUCAAAUGACGCCGGGAUAUUGGUCUCUUACCCUCCAGCUGCUGUUAACCCCCAAAGUAACCCUUGCAGUAACACCAUUGCUGCUCCCAACUCCAAGGCUCCUCAUCACCAGCCUUCCCUAAUUCAACCGACAGUCCCUGGUCCACCAGCCAUAGAUGCUCUAUCCUGGGCAGAUGCCAUGGACACAACUAAUCCGCAUUCUGACAAUGAUGUUCCUGGCUCAUCAGACGACAGUGAACCCCCUGACUAUUGGGGUGCCAGUCCACCCGCCAAAAAGACCCUAUUCAAGACACCUAAGAAAGUAUCAACUGGGUCACAGCUACAUACCGACCAUUCCUCGUCAGAUGAUACUCUAACUGGCCACAGAUUUAGCAGACGCAGAUCUCGUACCUCAGAUCACUCAGGAACAAGAUACCCACACUCAGCUGACCCGUCUUUACCGACCCCUGAAAUGGCCUCCAAUACCUUAAAGAAACACCCUGAAUUACAGGCCUUGCUGGCCCUCCUGCCCACGAAAUCAGAUUUACAAAUUCUGGCUACUGACUUGCGCCAAGCCUGGCGUCACGACCUCAAGCCAGUAAAAAAUGACGUACAACUACUGAAAGAAAAAGUGGAGACACUAGAGACUUUCCGCACCACAGUCACCGAUCAACUCAAAUGUCUUCAAGAAUCCACGCGGAAUCUCUCCUUACAUCAAGCAGCUGAGAUCGCCCACCUAGAUGAUAUUGAUAAUAGGAAUAGAAGGAAUAAUAUAAGAAUCAAGGGACUUCCAGAAUCGGUUGCUCCCCAAGACAUCUCCUCUACUCUACAAAAGAUUUUCAAUGAUAUCCUCCAGAAACCUCCUGACUCUCCACUGGAAAUGGACAGAGCCCAAAAUCCUGAUCCGACGAAGCCAAGAGAUGUCAUCUGUAGAAUCCACCAUUUUCUCCUUAAGGAUGAAAUCAUGAGAAGAGCCCGAAACCUGAAAACGCUCUCCUAUAAUGGUCAUCCUAUACAACUAUACCCUGAUUUGUCUCUCCGCACCCUUAAAUUGAGAGCAGCCCUCCGACCAUUGCUUCUAUUACUACAAAAUGCUAAAAUUGUGUACAAAUGGGGUUUCCCCUUCUCCCUCAUAGCACGACAUGGCUCCACCACAGCUGAACUCCGCACGCCUGCGGAUCUCCAAAUGUUCCUGACCACCUUCAAACUGCCAUCCGUGCCUCUCCCUGAUUGGGACAGACUCCACCAAGUUGCCACUGCACCACCAUUGCCUCAAGGCCUCAUCUCAAGUGGACUGACUUCCCGACGUGGUGAACCUGCUCCGAUGACCCGCAAUACUCCCUCACGCCACAAGACACCCUGAAUGCUCUGAUCACAUUUCCUUGGAAACUUUACUGAGGUGCCUUGGUAAUGCCUCCUCCACAGGAGAGACCUCAGUUGUUCUGGACACUGACAUCUACCCCAUCCAUGUUCUAACUGCCCCUUGCACGUAACUGUCCCCUUAUGUGCAUCCUUGACUCUGGGCCGUACAAAUACCCGUUCAGGAUGCAUACCCAUCAUUCUCCUGUCAUUGUUAUAGCCUUGAAGAAUAUGGGCUCCAUAUCCCCUCUGAGUCUGCUCGACUACUCACCACCUGCUGAUUUCAAACAUAGUGUUAAAAGGUUUAACGGUGAAGAAUUGUGUGUGGAAGAAAUUGUGAUGAUGGCCCGGACCAGAUGGAGAAGAGAAGGCAACGUUGCAAAUUAGAGAAAACGACAUUGGUGUGUUGCGAGGACCCUCCUCUCUUCGGUUCCGGUGCAUGCCGCCAUUUUGUGGAAGACCGGAAGCUGCAGGACUGAAGCCCUAGGGUUUCCAUUCACUUCCAGCAAAGCGCUAUCUUGCCGGAGACCAAAUGCGGCAUCACAGGAGGCACGUUAUUUCCGGCAGCACCGGAAGGUUCUUUUCUUCUCAGGGGCCGAGGUAGUGUUAUUUGAGGGGCUAAUGUGCAGAUCUAGGAUUAUUUACAUGUAUGAAUGGAGCCGAUUUAUUUAUUACAAAUUUUUUAGAAUAUUAUCAUUAGUAGUUGUCUUUACUUCUAGACCAGAAGUGGGCGGGGCAAUUUUUCCCCCCCGCGGAAUCGCCUAUUUAAGCCCCUACCCCUUUGUUUGGCUCAGUCUCUUGGAGCCAUUCUAUGUGGUAUCAGUGUGUUAUCCUGUGUACUCCUAUUUUGCCUAAAGAGCUUUCUGUGUCUAAAACUGUACGUUUUCUUAUUUUG